AUGAAGAAGCUUAAUUCUGUUAAUUCUGUUCAUGUGGUUGAAACAACUGCGUCUGAAAGGGAGCAGUUAUUGCUUGUGACAAUUUCAGAGCUUGAAGCCAGGAUGAUUAAUCCAACUGAUGAGGUAGCUAAGGCAAGGUUGAAAUAUCUGCAGAGUAGUCCUACUUAUCUUUUUAACAUCCAGGAUAAUGAUGUCUUGCUGUGUAAUUUUGUAGUAGGGUGCUCAAAUGAAGGGAAAAUUGUUAAAUUGUGUGACUAUGUUGCCACGAACCCCCUCCAAAUUCCAAAGAUUGCCAAGUAUCUUGAACAAAGGCAGAUGAAAAUUAUGCUCACAAUAUUGAGAAGAGUAUGCAUGCUUGCACGUGAGCCUGGGAAGGAAUAUAGCAAGUGUUGUUUGAGGGUAUCAAGUUUGCAAUGCCUUUCAGCUACGAUUGUGCAUGCCACACUGGAUAUAAAUCUUGUAGAUGAUGGUGAAAGGGGGGAGCCAGAUCACAAUUGGGUUGAUGAAGUUGAAAUGGGCCAGUUGAUUCUAGCUACUGUCAUUCGACAUCUGAAUCAAAAAAAUGUUGCACUUGAUACGCAAAUUAAAUCUGAUGUUGUUCAGAUUGCUAACGCUUUGGCUCGACAACUCAGAACACGAGUCGUAGUCUCUGAAAAUGGGAUUAUCAGUGAUGUAUGCAGGCAUUUGAGGAAGUCUAUUCAGGCAGCAGUUGAAUUGGUAGGACAGCAAGAGUCAACCUUGAACAUUUCACUCCAGACCUUCAUUGAAGACUGCUUAUUGCAAAUUGCUAAAGGAAUUGGUGAUGCUCAACCACUGUUUGAUUUGAUGGCAAUGACACUGGAGAAGCUUCCAUCUAUGGGUUCUAUCUUCCUAGAACUACUUUUCCUCCAACUUUUGAAAACAAUGAUGCAUCCAGAUGUUGAAGCUCUUAUUGGAGCACACCAGAUAUUUGCUAUGAUCCUUGUUCCAUCAUCUGAUAAUCCCCGACAUGACUUAGCAUCGGCGUUUGCCUCCACUGCUGCUCUACUUGAAAAGCUUUGCAGGGAGAAGGGCAAUGCAAUAGUAGAAAAGCAUGGGAAUAAUACUGAAGAUGAUUCUAAGGAUAGAGAACCUGGUGAUGAGAAACAGGGCUGGGCCCGCAAAAACUUGCCUAACUUUUACAAAAUAAGUUGUUCUAUAGUUGACAGGACAACUGGACCAGCCUGCUUAACAGAGGCAGUAAGUGUUGGAAUUCAUGCAUUUUCUAAUUAUAAUUUCAAGGAGCCAAAAAUUACUAAACUAAGUGAGGACCAAACAUCCCAGUUGCUUUCUUCUUUAUGGAUACAAGCCAAUAUUCCUGAUAACUUGCCUUCAAAUUUUAAAGCUAUAGCUCAUUCUUUCAGCUUAAGUCUUAUUGCUUCAUGCUGUAAGGUUUUCUUACUUAAACUUGUGACGUUGCUGAACACCAAUCAAAACAUUGUUGGAUUCUUUCAGCUUCCAAUUUCUCUCAGAAAUAUAUCUCUGGAUCCUUUUAUUGGAGCGUUGCUGCCUUCAUGCCAGAGGUCACUGUUUGUGUUAGCAACGGCAAUGUUGAUGUUUGCAGCAAAGAUGUAUCCGGAUCCUAAUGAUUUGCUUAUGUCUCUGGUUUCUAAUCAUGAAGUUGAUAAAAAGACUAGAUAA